UCCUGCAACUGGCCUUGCGAUCACCCGGACUUCCGGGGCGUCAAGUGCCGCCAGAGCAUUUGCGGGGAGUGCAAGGCGGAAUACUUGAUUCAAGGACGAGUGGGUGCGGUGUCCGAAGAGCAGCGCCGGUGUGAACGGCGAGAUACUACCGAUUGACCGAGUGAUGGGUGACAUCUGCGUACAGGUACCAUGCGCCAUCGAGGUCUGCAUCGGACAGAGAUGUCCCGCCGUGCCCCGCGCAGUGUGCAGGCCAGAUGACUGUAACACGUGUAAACCGGCUUGGUACCUGGACAACCAACCCGUUGACUGCGUGACAGGUGAAAUCGACCAACGCCCAAUAGUGAACAGGAAGUUGCAAGUGGCUCCAUGGCAACGAACGUGCGCCCCAGGGGAGCCGCUGACGCCCUGUGACCACCGCGUGUGUGAGAAGAAGUUGUGCAGGAACUUCCCAGACGCAGUGUGCAGGCCUGACGGAUGUGGUGGCUGUGCGGACACGUGGUUCCUGGACAACAAGCUGGUAGACUGCCUCAGUGACGCCUGUCCUCCAGGAGUGCCAAUAGUUAAGUGUGUGGACGAUCCCUGCAAGUACUUCUCACACUACUGUCCCUCCGCCGAGUGCAGAGCCUCUGAAUGUGGAUCUUGCGAAGCAAAGUUCUUCUCGAACGGACAGGAGAUAGAUUGUGCUAUGCCGCCUAAAACCUGCCCUGCCGGCGUGGAGGCACGGAGCUGCCCAUGGUACACGUGUCCUGCAGAUAUCUGUCCAACAAAUAGGAGACUCAUGUGCAGGAUUGACCCAUGUGACGCCUUCUGCAAGUACGACUUCAUCGACAUCUACACUGGUGAGCCAAUGCCAUGCAGGGUAUUCGAUGGAGACGGAAGUCAGAAGCGCCAGAGGGAGGAGCAGCAGCGGGCGCAGGCGGAGGUCCGACAGGUCGCAGAUAUUUCGGUCGGUGCACAACCAUCCCUCAGAGGCCUUGUCGACACAAAGGUUGCGGAAAUCUCGGUAAAGCCGGAUAUCUUGACUGGAGGGAUGCAGCCGGUGGGAAGGAUGGUUGUCGACAACGGAAUAAAGGCGGAGCCAAUCUUGCAAAACGCCGGUCCCCCAAUCACUGACCCGGAUAUCCUGUCGCUGCUGCGGUCAUUCCCACACGAGAUGAUGAUAGUUCCCACGGCUUCUAUACAGUCUGCACUUCAGAAUGGGAAAGACAUAAUAGCGACCGCAGAGGCGGCGAUAAAGUCGCAGGUCAAAUCCGAAAAUAAGCUGCUCGGAGUGCCGCAGCAACUCCCAACUUUCGCAAAGCAGCCUGUUGAAGCCCCGAAGCCGGUUAUAGUUGAUGUUGUGAAAGAGAAAGCAGUUUCGAAGCCGGUUGUCGUUGAUGUUGUAAAGGAGAAAGCAGUUGCAUCGGUCGUUCCGCAUGUGAUACCGCCUAUACCACCGAAGGAGCAAGUGAUUACAGCCGGAAAGACACAGAUAAUAGUGGCGGGACCUUCCGAUGGUAUUUACCCAGAGCUGGGGACUAAUCAAGCCCCAGAUGCCUCUUGGACCAUCAUCAUUCCUAACGUCAUCGACGCAUCAUAAUGCGCCGAUAAAACAGGAAACACAGAUGCCGCCUUCAACGAUACCGGAAGUGAAACCUUUAUCACCCGUGAUACCUUGGGCGUCUGCGGCGGUGAGCGCCCCUGCGUCUAAAAGUAACGGAAAUGGUGACCGACAGGGCGUCCCGAUUAGCAUGAAUCUGUUUCAGAAAUGGUCGGUUAAUUAACGAGCGUACACUCCAUGUGUUUUGUAACACCGGUGGUAAUAUACAACUCUUUCGAAUGAAUUGAUUUAGUUGUUAACAAAACAACACAAUUAUAUUUAUUAGGAAUAUUGAAUUUAAAUGAUUUUAUACCUUGAGUGGAAACAACGUGGCUACCAAAAGUACGCAAUGCUGUUAUUAAGUUGCAUACAUAAAAAUAUAGAGAAAAACAGCAAAUACAUUGACACAUAAAGCAUUUCACAUAGAGCGGCAUAAUAUGUCAAUAGUAAAUAAGGGAUUUUAAUGUUACCAGCAGCAACGAUCUUGUGCAAGUGUUAAACAUGGACUUUUCACUUGCACGUUUUAAAAUGCUUGAUGCGUUAAACAUAUUGUUUGGUUCAGUGUACCUGUCCGCCUCUAAAACAUGUAAAUAAGAUGGUAAUAUUACCAAAUAUCACUAUGCACGUUUACUGAGUUAAUAAAUUUAAUUUUUAUUGUU